UCUCCAUCUUCAUAAAAAACACAACUAAGAAUCAUGUUGAAGGUUCAAAUAAAAUCAAAAGAAAACAUCAAACCUUCAUCACCAACCUCUCCAAACCAUCCACCAAUCCAACUCUCUUCUCUUGAUCACAUUACACCUCAAAUCUACACACACAUCCUCCUCUUCUACUCCUCUACCAUCAAUCCCAACCAUCUCAAGACCUCUCUCUCCACCACUCUCCUCCACUUCUCCCCCCUCGCCGGCCGUAUCCACCGUUCAAGCUCCAACGGCACUCUCUACGUCCACUGCACCGACGAAGGUGCCGUCUUCGUCGAAGCUGAAGCUCAUCAAGCUUAUACCAUCCAGUCCUUUCUCACAUCUGAUCAUCAUGCUUCUUCUUCAUCUCCCAUUAAUGAAUUCCCAGAGCUCUUGCCAAUCAAGAAAGACCACUUCAACCUAUCAGACCCUCUUCUUGCAGUGCAACUCACUGUGUUUGAUUCUGGUGGCUUUGUUCUUGGCCUCUCCAUGUGUCACCUCAUUGCUGAUGGUGCUUCAAUGGCCUUGUUCCUCAAACAAUGGUCUUCCAUUUCAAGAUCAGGUGCAACCAUUAAUGGCUCACUACCAAUCUUUGACUCUGCUUCCUUAUUCUCUCCUCAGCCUUGGUCAGCAUCCACAGUGGAAAAACCACAAGAUGAUGAACAAGAUGAGAAUACUAUUACCAAAGUGUCCAUAAUUAAAAGGUUUGUGAUUGAUAAGGAAGGAGUAGAGAGAUUGAGAAUAAGCAAACAAAGCUGGCGGCCAACGAGAGUACAAGCUGUGUUGGGGUUGGUUUGGAGAUGUCUCCGGCGAGCUAAGUUGUCCGGUAAUCAUGUAUCACAAGUAGUGAACAUUCGAAAUAAGAAGAUGAACAUGGUUUCAAUGCUUUCGGAGAAGGAUUUCGGUAACCUCUGGGUUAGUGUUAUGGUUAGUACUAGUAGUGAUCAUCAGUGUGAGAGAAUUGAGGAAGAAGAAGCAUUGAGAGAAGCUGUGACAAGUGUGAAUGAAGAGUAUGUUAGGAAUUUUAUUGAAGGGAAGGUGAAGAAGAGUGAUGCAUGUUGGAUAUUUACAAGUUGGUGUAGGAUGGGGUUUUAUGAGAGUAGUGAUUUUGGAUGGGGAGAACCUGAUUGGGUUGGAUGUGGAUUAAGGGAGAUGAAGGAUGUUUGCAUGUUGAUUGAUGCAAAGGAUGGAGUGGGAGUUGAGGUUUGGGUUUGGUUGGAUGAGGAUGGGAUGAAGAAGCUUGAGUGUGAUCUUGAGUUUCUUAGUUUUGUUUCUUUUUAAUUAGAUGUAUAUAUAUGUUUGAUGUUUAUUUAGAUGAUGUUGUCAUUGAUGUAUUUUUGGAUUAUUUUAUUUUAUUUUAUUUCCAAAGGUUGUGUGAUGCUUUAAUGAGUGAAAUAUGUA